AUGGUGGGCGCGACAACGAUGCCAUUACCCGUGCCACCACCACCGCCUCCACCAGUGGGUGGUUUCCCAGCACCUCCUCACCCACCUCCACAGCCGACCUGUCUUUAUAUUAUCGCUCCAAGCUCCUUCCGGUCGGGUACCUUCUGUGCUCGAGCAGUCUGCACCGCUUUGACCACUAGCGGUAGAGCAGUCCAGCAACCUAGUAGAGCAACGGUCCAAAACCACGGGCGACCGACAAGGUUCUGA